AAUGCUUGCACAGAUUGGCACAGCUUUCCUACUCUCAGUUUGUACGCUGUUCGUGCGUGGAAAUCAAUGAUUUAGUGCCUGCACAUGUACGGACGUAUAAAGAGCCUUAUUUUGUCUCCUUUUGUCUCUUUUUUUUACAACAACAAGCAAAUCUAGUGAGCUGUGUGCGGCUACAUUAUAUAACACCACAAUACAGUUCGUCUGUAUAUAGAUAGGGAAAACAUAGUACUGUAUCGGCGUUCAUGAUAUUCUCUCUCUGACCAACGUUCGCCUGCAUAAAAGAGCCCGGCUCCUGGGACAGAUAUCACCAUGACGACAGCUCCACACUAUAUGUACCCUGUAUCACUGCUAGGGCAGGCGAAAUACUUGCACCAGUUCAAGAUAACUUCCAUUAUUCAUCUCACCAGUGGCAUCGCCCUUGUCAUCUUGGGAAUCGCCGCCGCUCUCACGAGGGCCAUGUGGUCUUUUUAUGCUGCACCCAUUUGGUGUGGCCUUUUCUUUUUCAUAGUGCCCGGAAUUGUUGGCUUAUGUGCCGCACAACAGAGGAAGCAUCAUCUGACGGCUGCAUACAUAGGUCUAUCUGUGAUGUGUAGCGUCAUCUCACUCGGUCUCUUUAUCUUCUACUGGGUUAUCAUAAGACACGAGAAGACUCUGGGUUACGUACACUUCACAUACUGCAAUCCAUUUCAUAGUCUGGAGUUUGACUGCCGUAAAUCUCUCGCCGGUAGGAUGGUAAUCGAUGUUCUGAUAGCUCUCAUUUCCUUGAUGGCCUUCAUCGCUUCUAUUCUUGGGGUUUUGUUCGGGAGUUGCUUCAACUGUACCUGUUGCGCCAGCUGUUUCAAGGAGUGUUACAGCGACGCACCAGAGUGUUGCCUGUGUUGCGGGCAACGCGCCACCAAUGAGGUAUCGGCUGAAGAUAUUCUAGCAGACGGCUCUCUUCGAUUAGAAGUCACAUCAAGUGCAUCUCAACCAGAAGCACCUAAGCUGCCUACCAAGGCCCCGUCUGGUGGUGAACCAGUGUGAUUUGCUUGGUAGCGAGACCCACAUUUCUUAAGAUCUGGAGUCGAGAAAUAGUUCAUUCACCUUUAGAAACUGCCACCCUCCGAGUCUUGCCUACCUGUACUGCCCAUCCCGGAGUUAGACUGAAAGCUCUCUUUCAUCGGCGGUUGUUCCGCCGACACUAGAUCUUGCUGCACUAGGUUGAAAAUGUCACCUUUCUUCAAGAAUACCCCAUACCAGACGGCUAUAUCUGUCUUAUGACAGAACAGUUAACUGCGGCGUUAAAAAAAAAAAAAAUGUAUAAAUGAAUGGAAACUGCACCAACAAAGAAGUAGAUAUAAUUUCUUACAUUAAAGUGUAUUAAGAUUAAAUGUAUUAAUAUAUAUAUAUAUAUAUAUAUAUAUGUAUUAAAAUAUAAUUUUUAAUGGUGCUGUCACUCUUGGAAUAAGAAUGGCUGUAAUAUCUCGUCUUCACACAGGAGGACUAUGUUAAAUCUGGGGAGUGUUUCACAAAGACUAAGAUCGACUUAAGUUGGACUUGACUAUGGCAGGCCGUUCAUGCCGCUAGUUUCGCAAUGGACAUACAAAUCGUGAGCACAGAGCUACAUAAUGUUCAUAUUUGGAUCGUCCAUUAUUGAAGGAAAAAAUAUCUAAAUAUCAUAACUUCCAAGACUAUUCCCCUCUAAUUUUACAUCUGGUUUAAGACAUUUUGGGGGCAUUGAUCGCACACCGUAGUCCAAGUCCAAGUCUUAAAUAUAACUUAAGUUCACAUUGUAAGGAACUUUUUUACUUCACCAAUGAACUAUCAAAAAUGUAAAUUCUGUAGAUUUGUGACGUCCCCUGAGAGACCAAUGGUGAGAGCAACCAGUGGCAUGAAUGGUCUGACAUAAAUCGAUCUUAGUCUUCAUGAAACACUCUCCUGGUAUACAAUAUAUUUGUCUACUGAUAAUCAUAUGGACCGCCGAGUGCCAAGCUCUCGAUUCUUUUUUAAAAAUAAUAUUGAAGAAAUUCUGCGACAGAAUGAUGAAGCAAAAAAUAGGUCCAGUCAUGGAAUGAAAAAUAGAAAAAUUAUUUCAUGGCGAGAUAAUUUCUAUUUGUUGCGAUUUGUAACAGAAUUAUGGUAAUUACUAAUCGAUAUGGAGUUUGAAACUCGGCCUCUUUUAUUAGUGGACCAGAUGUAUCGACUGAAAAAAACUUGGACUAAAGUUAGCACGUUCCUAUGAAUACUUGGCUUUGUCCUUUAUAUGUGUUUAUAUUUUGAUAACUUUGUUUUAUUUUUGUAUGCUGUGUACGUAAUAGGGCAGAUAUUCUGUUCAUCUGUAUAAUAGUUAUUGCUGUCUAUCGUGGUGCUUAUUGUUUAGACUAUUUGGAGGUAUUCUUGUAUUAUUAUGAAUGGUAUGUUGAACAUUCGUAGAAAAACUCGACAACAGGUUUUAUCUUCACUUUAGUUAAUAUGAAAUGAAUUUACUUUGGUAGGUCAGUGGUAAUAUUAUCGACCAGAUAUUCAGACAGGGGCUAUUGAAGGGGUCGGGGAUGUCGAACCAAAUUUUCGACAGGUUUGCGUCAGAUUUUCAUAUUUGAAGACAUGAAAAUUUGUCAUCAGGUUUUCAAAUUUGUGACAAAUGCUCUCAAAUCUUUACCUAAAACAAGGAAAAAUAAUAGUUUUCUUUUUUAGGUGUCCUCCUUUUAGUAAUAAAGUCAUAUUUACAACACAAUAGUUAUUUUAUAGCACAACACCACUCUUGCUAAGCCUAUACUGAAAGAAAGUACAUGAUGUCUAUAUACUUUUAGCGGGAGCAUUACUUGUGUGCCUUUUAAUAAUGUUCAGUAAGUCACACGGGUCCUAAAUACAUACCGCACACGUUUUGUUGUAAAUAUAAAUAUUUUACGAAUACUUAUUGUUAUAUCAAUAUUGGUAUGGCUUUUAUUAUUUGAGGGAAAACUAAAAAUCGUUAGUUAUUUGUUUUUCAGAUCUGGGAUGCACGUAUGGGUUUCAUACUAGCUUAAAAUACGAUAUUUGCUAUAGCAAAAUCGAAAACAAAGUCAUCUUAUCUCACAUAUGACUGAUUUAGAUGCUACUAAAUGUAUAAGCCUACUUAACUUUAAGCAAGAUAAUGGCGAUUUGGAAGAUAUCCUGCUUUAAUUUGAGUCUGAUUUAGAUAUUUUACGUGAAAUAUGAGUGUUAAUAUUUAAAUAGAUAUUAAACAUUUUUUGUAUAUAUUAUUUUUACGAAAUUAAAUGUAUUUUUGUUAGCACUUUCAAA